UCUCUCCUUCCCCCUCUCCCCCUUUUCCGCAUUUCUCUUCUCCUCUCCUCUGUUCCUUUCCUCUCUCCUUCUCCCCCCUCUGUGAGUGUGUGAGGGCAGAAUGAGCUGGUUAAGUCGUCUGACCCCGAGGGGCACUGGCUCUCGAUCGGGCCGAAAUGCUGCUCCCGCCAGCCCCUGCACCGCCGACCCGGAGACCUGCCUCAUGGUCUUCCAGAACCACUGGAGACAGGUGUCGUGGGUGCUGGAGCAGAAGGACCCCGUGUCCGGAGGCGCUGACGACCUGACCGCCGUGAGGAACCACACGGACCAGAUGCUGUGCCUGCUAGCCGAGGAGCGGCCCCAGGAGCUCGACUCCUCCGAGGGCCUCUCCUCCUCUUCCUCUUCCUCUGCUUCUGCCUCCAUGGGGCCCAUCCUGGACUUCGUGGUGUCGGAGAGGGUCCUGGAGCGGCUGGUGGAGUGGCACGUUCGCCGCGGCCUGGACCCUGACAGCCAGGGGGCGCUGCUCAAGCUGUUUGAGAUGCUGAUCGGCCAGUCCCAGCAGCCCCUGCUCCAGCACACAGCCGUGCUGCAGCCUCUGUUCUGCCUGCUGGCCACCUGCGCAGACCCCCAGCUGGGCUGCCCCCCCGCCCUGGAGGCCAGUCUGGUGCUCCUGCUCAACCAGGUGUGUGUAUGCAUGGCGCGGGAGCCGAGGGUGUUGGAGUUGUUGUUCCAGGCGGCCCCGGCCCCUCAGGGCCCCACCAACCUGCUCAUCUUCUCCCUGCUGGUGCCCUUCAUCCAUCGCCACGGCGCCCUCGGCCAGCAGGCGCGCGACGCCCUGCUGCUCGUCAUGGCUACUUCUGCCAGCAACCAGGCAGUGGCUCAGUACAUCACUGAGAACUCCUACUUCUGCCCGGUGCUGGCCACAGGCCUGAGCGCUCUUUACUCGUCUCUGCCACGGAAGAUCGAGGUGCGGGGGGACGACUGGCACGCGCUGCGGCGCGAGGACUGGAUGGGCGUGUCCUCGCUGGUCCUCUUCAUGAACUCGCUGGAGUUCUGCAACGCCGUGGUGCAGGUGGCUCACCCACUAGUGCGCUCUCAGCUGCUUGACUACGUCCACAAUGGCUUCCUGGUGCCAGUCAUGGGCCCUGCCCUUCACAAGUCGUCUGUUGAUGAGAUGAUUGCCAGCACGGCCUACCUGGACCUCUUCCUGCGCAGCGUAACAGAAACGUCCCUCCUCAAAACCUUCCUGCAGUUCAUCCUGGUGCAUCGCCACGACAACGACACCAUCCUGGACACACUGCUCACGCGCAUCAGCAGCAACUCACGGCUGUGCAUGGUUUCUCUCAGCCUCUUCAAGACACUGCUCUCCCUCAACUGUGAGGACCUCAUGCUACAGCUCGUUCUCAGGUAUCUGCUGCCGUGCACACACGUGAUGCUGAGUCAGAGGCGUGCGGUCAGAGAGACUGACAUCUACGGCAAGUCAGCAGACAAGUUCCUCUCCCUCAUCCCUGAAUGCUGCCACGUCAGCACAGCGCCAUCUAGUGAUCGGGAGGAGGAGCCUGCUUUCUGGGGGAAAGUUCUGGGCAGCCCUAGCUCUGAGUCUCCUGUCCACCCGAGACCCAGCACACCGUCCCGUCUGGCCCUCUUCAUGCGCCAGCAGAGCACGGGCGGCGGCUCAGCCAGCUCCCCCUCCAGCGCCGACCCCACACCCUCCUCCCCCCGUGGGGGUCCGGCUGCCCCCCUCUCUCCUGACAGCCCCCUGCACCAGGGCUCGGGCACCACUGACGUGCCGGACGGGGAGAUGGGUUACCUGGACUACCUGCGGGACGCGCGGCGCGGCAUCGAGCUCUGCUCGUGGGCCUGCCGCGACUGGUCGGCCCCCUACGACGGCGAGGACCCCUCCCCGAACCUGGCACCGCUGCCCCCGCCCCCUCCAACUAGCCAUCCCAGCCUGAACCUGGUGCCCGAGCACUUCUCCCUACAGGGUGGCUCGACCCCCGGUGCCAGUGCGGGUACGGGUGCAAGCACAGGCUUGGGGCCGGGCUCGGGUGAAGCUGGGCAGAAGGAGCGGGCGGCGGUGGUGGAGGCGGCGCGGUCGGAGUGGACCAGCUCGGAGCGGGACAGCGGCGAGUGGGACGUGACCAUCAGCAAGAACUGCAUCAGCCUGACGCCACGCAGCAAGAAGCGCAGCUUGCAGCGAGACCAGAUGCCUCUCAACACGGCCCCUCUCCACCUUUCCUCUUCAUCAUCAUCCUCAUCAUCAUCAGCAACAACAAUGCCAACCUCCACUGUGCCCACCUCUGACCCUGCAGCCCCGCACCAGGCCCUCUUUAACGGGACGGGCCGGGGGGACAGCUGCCCUGACGUCUCGGACGGAGGGAUGGAGGUAAAGAAGGUGAAGAGGGAUGUGGACGCAAGCAGCUCCGGUGGGGAUCUGGGCCAGAACGGCACGGUGGGCAUGUGCACCCUCGAGGCCUGCCCACCACUGCAGGGCGGCUGCGGCGGCGAUGUCCGCGCUGGGGCGGGCACCCUCCAGCAGACCCUUCCUCAAGUCUCCCGCCAACCCCAGCCUGCUGGUCCACCGCUGUCCUGCCCGGUCCCAGAGAGCCAACCCGAUGAGGGCUCAAAGCCGACUCCGUCUCCUGCCCCAGUCCCGGAGGCCUCCUCUGCGUCGAACCGGGGGCUGCAGUCGGUGGAGAGCCUGAUCGAGGAGCUCCUGGAGCGGGCACCGGUGGCGGUGCCACAGGCCGGGGACUCCAACGGCCAGGGCAUCAGCAUUGAGGCGUUCCACCAGGAGCUGAGGGAGCUGGAGGAGCGUCUGCGGGGGCGCAGGGCAGCCGGCCAGGCCCUGGAGGAGCUCAACAGAGACGUGCCCAUCCUGGAGCAGACGGAGGACGAGCCGCAGCCACCACCCACGCCGCUGGAGACCGAGUCGGGAGUCGGAGAGGCCAAGAUGGAGAACGCCGCAGAAGGCUUGUUCAGUCCUGCCAGGCCCCUGGGACAGCCUGCCGCUCCGCCAUACACUGGGCCGUUUAUUAUGGUGUUGUUUGCCAAGCUGGAGAACAUGCUGCAGAACUCUCUGUAUGUGAACAUCCUGCUGACGGGCAUGGUCUUCCAGCUGGCCUGCUACCCUCAGCCUCUCAUCCGCUCCUUCCUCCUCAACGCCAACAUGGUCUUCCAGCCAAGCGUCAAGUCUCUCAUCCAGGUGCUGGGCACAGUAAAGAACCGCAUCGAGGUGUUCGCCGCCAUGCACGAGGACUUCCCGGCCAUGCUGACAAAAGCCCGGCGCUACCUGCUGGCCCGCGGCAAGCUGGACUGGAGCGACUCGCCCACCAGUUUGCCCGGCCUGCGCCGCUCCGACUCCAUGGGUGAGGUGAAGAGCCGUAAGCCGUCUCUGGGCGACCUGAUCCUGCGCCACACCAACAGCCCGACCCGCGCGCGCCACGCCGCCCAGCUGGCUUACGCGCACGUGCGCGACGGCGGCCAGUCGCUGCACAGCGCGCUCUUCCGCGGCGCCACGCCCUCCUCGUCCGCCUCCGGCCUGGAGCGUCAGGCCGAGGCGCUGCGCGUCAAGAACGCCGUCUACUGCGCCGUGGUCUUCUCCGAGUUCCUCAAGGAGCUGGCCGCGCUGGCCCAGGAGCACGCCGUCGCCCUGCCCUUCCCCCGCAGCAGCCCGGGCGCCGAAGAGUGACCCCAGAACAUGCAUACGCCCACACACACACACCACAGUGACCCCGGAAACUUUAGUUUUUUUCUUUCCAGCCACAUGAGGGCAGUAUUAGGUGAAAACCUGCAGAGAGAGAUGGCCGCUGGAAAAGGUUUUUUUUUUGUUUGUUUUAUUUUUUAAAGACGUUUGUGGUGUUCGUGUAAAGGGCACCACACAUCUGUGCAUAGCUGUGUACAUACCUAUACAUAGACAGAGUAUAAAUAUAUAAGAUAUAUAGAAUAUUUAUGUGUAUGACGGGUUUUAUAUACACAGCGACUGUAAUCGCUUGAUGGCUAUUUCCUGGAAACAGCCUUCACACGUGUACACACAUACACACACAUACACACACACAUAUACAAAUACACAUACACUGUGCAGAGCUCCAUCACUGUAGGGCUGUAUUCUAGAGGCACAGCUGAAUGAAGAAGUUGCACAGCACUCCCCUCUCAAGUCUGUGACUGAUGCCCCCUGUAGUCUGCUGCAGGACAGGAGCCGGCACACAGGGAAGUACACAAGACCGAUCCUCAUUCGUUUUCUACAUGUUUUUAAGAUCCUGUUUGUCUUUGUGUGUCGGACAUGUUUCAAGCAAUGCAUUGGUGGAAUAGUUUUGUUUUUUUGGAAAAGGAAUAACCGCUCACCUCUCACCGUCUGGGGAAAAAAAAAAACAACAAACAAUAACAAAAGAAAGGAAAAAAAAAAAAACGACAACGCUGCGCCUCUUUUUUUUUUGUGAUCCUCACAGCUGCACAUCAACGGAGGAGACCAACCCUGCUGUCAGCAUCUCAGACUCGACCUCUGACCCUCGCUACUGCCACUAUGUGGAGCUGGUGGGGAGUAAGGAGCUCACAGGCCAAUCGUCUCAGACCAUCUCGAGGACACGCCUCCUUUUUUUUUUUUAAUUAACAUGUUUAUAAAUUAAAACAUCACCUCAGCUAGGCAGAGUGCAGGGAGGAUGGAGAGAGGGGAGAGGAGAGUGGGGUGGGGGUAUAAAAACCCUAAUGAUGAGUAGGAAAUUGAGAGCCAUACGUGUUUCUUUCUCCUCCUCCUUUUUGCCUCUCCAUCUUCUGUGGUCUGUAGUACUGGAGAAAAGCAAACACUAUGUGUGUCUUGUGGUUUUUUUUUAAUGGUUUGAAUGAUCAUAUAUGUCUCUUAAUAUUUCAACACAUAUCAGCCAUGUGUGGGAGCAAGGCACUUGAAUGAAAGCUUCUGCAUUGGUGCUAAGUGUUUGUAUGUGUGUACGCAUGUGUGUUAGCGAGUGAUGGAGAGAGUGAAAGAGGACACACGUCACACACACACACACACUCUCUCUCUUUUAUGACAUGCAUACUCACAGUGGUGCGCAUCUUCCAUUCCACAAUGCCAUAAUGGAAAUGUGUCGGUGUGCUGUUGUAUUUUUUAUUUCUUUUUUGCAUGUUGUCUGCUGGUCUGCCAGCAACAGAAGCCUGAAGAGUGUGAAGGAGCGUAAUCUGUUCCCAUCCAGUGUUCGCCCACUGAAGGGCAACAGCUCAGUAGCCAGUUCAUCUUUCUGUGUCAUUGGGAAGUGUGCAUUAUAUUUUGAAAGCAGUGUUCCGGUCGUGGCAUUUUUGUUAGAAUUUUUUUUCCCGUUCCUUCACUUAUCUUUCCGUCCCUAAUUAUCCAUCACGUAUUUAUCUGUCUGCAAAUGAUGACGCUACAAUGCAUUUAGCUCCGGCGGGCAGCGUUCAGCUGUCUCCUCUCUCCACUCAUGUCUCUGUUUUGUUGUUAUCCCAUAGCUUUGACGUUUGCGUCUGUGAACAAACACCCCUUGUUCUGUCCAGGCUUUUGAGUGUAAGGGACAAGGCCUUGGGACAUUGUGAAAGCCUGUCUCCAGUUUUGAGCUGGGUUUUUAGCUGCAUCCAACUUCCACAGCUGUGUUCUGCUUCCACUGCAGUGUGUUUUUGUAUUCAUUUGGUUUGCCAAUGCUCUUGUCACUUUUUUUGUGUGUGUGUGUGUGUGCUUGCGUGUGUCCGUGUGUGUGUGGAGAGCAAGCUUGUGACCGACAGCAGGUUUGAUUUUUCUUGUGAUGUUGCUGGUGGCAACUGUCAAGUUUUAGAAUAUGUUGUUAAAAAAGAAAAAAAGAACUCCUUCCAACAAGUAAACCCAAGCCAUUGAUUCUCUUUCAUCUUUUGUUACUGUUUUUGUUUGAAUAUGUCACUGAAUGUCAGUCUUUGGAGCCAGAAGCCAAGGAAGAUUCACAUGUUUUCGGAGUGUGGUGGAGGAGAGUGUGGCGUUUCAAAUUAUCCGGAAAACUGCGAGAGAACCAGAGUUGUGUUGGGUUAUUUUCUUUCUUUUUUUUUUUUUAAACCGGAAUUGGCACUUGGCGAAACUCCUCAUUCUCCUUUGAGUGGUCUCUCAGUGUUUUUGGCAGAGAGCAGGAGCAGGAGAGAGUGCCAGAGAAACGGCUAGCCGCUGGAGGUGAGGAGGGCAAACAUCCAUCCACUGAUCCGUCCGCACUGUCUUUGAGACCAUCAAGGAAGUCUGCUCAGGGGAACCGGGCUUGAUUGAUCCGCUCAGACUCAGACUCUGGGCUUUUACAUUUUUUUAUGCUUUAGUAUACUUUUUCAGUUGAUGAUUGAAGUCUGUAUGAAAACAACAUGGUUUAAUAUUCUUUGACAGAGAUGAAGUGUAUGAUACAAUGAGGAACAGUAGUGCAGAGAGUUGUAUUUUAUGCUUUGUUUUUUAAUUAAUCAGUCCAUAGAUGAACAAAAUGGUCUUAAGCCAUAUUCCCAGGGUUUGCUUGACUGUGAUCGCCAACCCUCUGAAGCGGUACAGUGUGUGUGUGUGUGUGUGUGUGUGUGUGUGUGUGUGUGUGUGUGUGUGUGUGUGUGUGUGUGUGUGUGUCUAUAUGUGUUUGCAUGGCCAUUCAUGAAUUGAUUCAGAGCUCAUGCAAAUAUUUUGAUAUACUUCUGUGCACUAAAGCUGCCCCAAAGAGGAAAAGGGAUUUCAUCUCUCAAUAAACAACAUGUUCUCUUUUCAGUCCAAA